AUUUUCCAAACCAGGCCCGAGGAGACUGCUUUAGGCCAUAUAAAGAUUUGUGAAGACGACAAACCAAUCCAGAAGAGUCCCCCUGAGCAACAAAACCCGGAGGUUGCUCCAUAUAAAUUUCUUCAUUCAAAUCGCCAUUGAGGAAUGCAUUUUUGACAUCAAGUUGGUGAAGAGGCCAUUGGCGAAGAGCAGCCAUGGCAAUGAAUAAGCGAACAGAUGCCAUCUUGGCCACUGGAGAAAAAGUAUCACCAUAAUCCAAACCAAAGAUCUGUGUGUAACCUUUGGCAACAAGGCGAGCUUUGAGACGGUCAACAGUGCCAUCAGGGCCAACUUUGAUAGCAUAGACCCACCUGCAACCAACAACAGAUUUCCCGGAUGGUAAUUGAACAAGAUCCCAUGUUCCACUAUGCUUGAGAGCACUCAAUUCAUCAAGCAUGGCCUGACGCCAACCAGGGUGGGCUAAUGCAUCACCUAAAGAUUUUGGAAUUGACAAAGAGGAAAUAGACGAAAGGCAUGUAUAGAAAGAUGGAGAGAUUCUAUGAUAACUCAAAGCAGCAUAAUGAGGGGAAUGAUUACGGGUAGAACGCAUACCUUUACGAAGGGCAAUGGGAAGAUCAGACUCAGUUGUUGGAACCGGAGGAGACAAAUAACUCGGCACUUGAUGUGAGUCAUGUGUUGGUUGUUGGCAACGAUGUCUUCUGCUAUAAACCUGAAGAGGUGGUCUAUCCGCAAUAGGUACACUCGGAGGUGGCUGAGGAGAAUCCGAGGUGGCACUGGAAGUGGGCACACUAGGAGGAUCACACACAACAGGGAUAUCUAUAGUAGUAGAUGGUGGCUCACAACGAGAAGAGGGGUGUGUGAAGUAAAAAGAAGACUCGUCAAAGGUGACAUCAGCGGAGAUAAAAUGACGGUUGAGGGAAGAAGAGAAACACUUAUACCCUUUUUGUGAGCGGGGGAAUCCUAAGAAGACACAUUUGUGGGCUCUCGGAGACAACUUAUCCAAGCCAGGACUAAAAUCAUGAACAAAACAUGUGGACCCAAAGACUUUAAGAGGUAAAGGGUGAAGAGGGUCGUGAGGAAAUAAAAUAGAAUGAGGAACUUGGUUAUGCAAGACUGAAGAAGGCAUGCGUUUAAUAAGAUAACAAGCAGUAAGAACCGCAUCACCCCAAAAAUGUGAAGGAACUGCACCAUGAAUUAAAAGAGUGCGAGUUGUUUCAAUAAGGUGCCUAUUCUUGCGCUCAGCCACUCCAUUUUGUUGGGGUGUAUAAGCGCAUGAUGUUUGAUGAAGAAUGCCCUGAGAAGCCAUAAAAUGUUUGAAGGAUUGAGAGAGAUAUUCACGACCAUUAUCACUCCGCAAAUUUCGAAUAGAAACCCCAAACUGUGUUUUAAUUUCAUGAAAGAAUGAUUGAAAAAUAGAGAACAACUCAGGACGUCCAUGUAGAGCAUAACAUUUGUCAAUCUUGUGGCCUAAUUUGCCACAAUGGUCACACUUGGGUCGUCCCUUUCCCGGCUUGCGAGAACGAUUGCGAUCAUCCCGCUGAGAGACCAAGACUGAGGAAUCAUCAGCACAAGUAGAUAUAUCAAUGAUUUGUUUUCUUGGCACACGUAAAAGGGCAGAACUAGUAGCAGUGAAGUUGGGCACAACAGGAGACCCCAAAAUCUGGUCGCGAACAUGGGAAUAUUCAUCAGAAAGACCAUGUAAUGCCAACAACAUAAAGAACUUUGACCGUUGCUCAAGUUCUUCAGCUGGAGUGGAGGCCGGAGGCAAUAACUCAUUAAACUCAUGCAGAAGGGCAUGAAUUUUGCCCAAAUAUUCAGCCAUGGGUCCAGGACUCUGCGGAGCAACAACUUUGAAAAGAUCCUGACAAACACCAUAAAGACGCUGAGUGUCAUUGGUGUAUAACAACUUGGCCUGUGCCCAAACGUCUGAACAUGUUUCAUAUGAACGAAACAUUUGUUUCAGCGAAGAGUUAAUGGUGGACUUAAUGACAAUGCAUAAUUGGGCAUCAAUUUUCGUCAAGCGGGAAACUUCAUCUGCAGCAACUGUAGUUACACUCUGGGUGAGAUGAUCUUCAUAUCCUUGACUCUUGAGCCAAAGUUUGAUAUCGGAUGCCCAUGUCGCGUAAUUUGUGCCAUCCAACUUGUCAAUGGAUAAAUGCACAUUGACGUAGUUGGUAUAAACAGAGGGUUCAGACAGCGGAGUGCUUAAAGAUGACACAUCCGAAUUGGAGCGGAAGAAGCCAUAGAGGGAGAAACCCUAAAAAUUCAAGGUGCUCCGAUUGAAACAACAACCACAGAUUCAGAAAGAGCUCAAGAAGGCGAUUCAGGCGAAGUUGAUCGGCGCAGAAAACGACCGGCGACGCGCCGUCACGCGCGGCGGAGAGGUGGCGGCUGCCGGAGCUUGCGGCGGCGCGUGGAGGCGCGUGAGAACUCCGAUGGCGGCGAUAUCUGCGGCGUUGGAGUCGCCUGGCCGUGACGAACAAAACCGUCUGGUCGUCGGUCGAAACUGCAGCUCCGGCGACGGUGGCGGCGGCGGCGGAGGCGACGGUGACGACGGCAGAAGCGGCGGCAAUGAGCGGCGGCGGGACGGUGGCUGUAGUAAACUAACCUAAGCUCUAGAUACCAUGUAAAAUAAGAUGAAAUAGGGUUUUGGAAUUAAUCUCCCUUGUGUAAACCCUACACAAAGGACAAUUUAUUUAUAUUGAUAAUGGGCCAAAUCCCAGAAAUACAUAAUGGGCUGAGCCCAACUAUUAAACACAAUAUUAUAUCAUCUAAUAUAAAGCAACUACGGCGUGGCAUUCAUUCGGUGCACCAAAGUAGCUUUCGCUAUUUGAAAAGGUUGAAAGCAUUGGGCUGCGAUGAUCUACAGUGUGUAAUUCCAUCUCAUUUACUCUUUUGCUUUGAGAAUUUGGAAGAGUUAGAUAUACAGAAUUGCAGUGCAACACGGGUCAUAUUUAAUAUCGGUGCGAAGAGUCGGACAAAAGCUUCAGGAAUAUUCCGUUUGAAAAUUUUAUCUUUAAGUAGGCUACAACAACUGGAGCAUGUAUGGGACAAGGAUCCGGAAGGAAUUAUUGGCCUCAAAGUGCUACAGGAAGUGCAUGUUGAAGAAUGUGGACGUCUUGAAAGUUUGUUUCCAGCAUCGGUGGUCAAAGAUCUGACCAGACUUCAAGUGCUUCAGGUAACAAAGUGUUUGGAAUUGUUAGAAAUAUUUAGGAAUGAUGAAAAGGGUGGAGAAGAAGAAGGAACAACACAACACUCUCUGUUUCCUUGUCUCACCACAUUGACGCUGCAGAAAUUGUCACGCCUCAAAUACUCUAUCCACUCUAAAGAAGAGGUGAGGUUGACAAAAUUUGAGUCUUAGAUAUAGCCCUUUACAAGAGCAAUUAUGUCUUGGCUCAUGGACUAUUCCAAACUCCUCCUUUAGUCUGUUAGAUUCUUUGAGCUUGGAUGGUUGCCAUUUUUCAUCAGAUGUACUUCUACCAUUCAAUUUACUUCCUUUCUUAAAUAAUUUGGAAAAGUUAGAACUUCGAAACUGUAGUUCUAUCAAAACCAUUUUUGGUGUCAAAUAUACAACACAAGACACGAUGACUUUUCCUUUGAAGAAAUUGAUUUUAUCCUAUCUGCCAGAUCUGGAGAAUGUUUGGAACGAAGAUCCUCAUGGAAUUCUAAGUAUGCACCAUUUAAAAGAAGUAAAUGUUGAGUAUUGUAAUGGCCUUGCAAAUGUGUUUCCAGCAUCAAUAGCCCAAAAUCUCGUGAAACUUGAGAAUUUAGUUGUGGAAAACUGUAAUGGGCUGAUGACAAUUGUUGCUGAGGAUGCAAGCCGAACAAAUCAAGAGCUCCCAUGUCCCUGUGUGAGAUCAUUGGAACUAAACCAUCUACCCAUGUUCAAAUAUUUUUACUAUUGCUCACAGCAGUGCAACAAUUUUGCACAUAUAAAAUCACAUGCUGAUGAUGAUGUCUACAAUGAAAAGUUAUUGAAGGGCUUGUCACUGGGGAAAAAUGGAGUAGAGAUGAUUUUGCGUGGGAAAUUUCAGAGAAAACUCUUACAUAACAUACAAGUUCUUACUCUCUUUCGUUGUGAGUCGGAGGUAUUUCCGUAUAAAAUUCUAAAGGAGGUUCCCAAUAUAGAGAAACUUGUGCUGAUUGAUGGUACUUUCAUGGAUAUCUUCAAGAACCAAAGUCCUAAUAAUAUGGAUUAUAGUGAAGAACUUGUAUUACAGCUGAAAGUAUUACACUUGGAGUUCCUUAGAGGGUCGGUUUCCAUUGGGUUAGAGAACUCUUGGAUUGAGCCCUUUGUCAGAAACCUAGAAACUUUAAAAGUCAUUGGUUGCGGGAGUUUAAAAAACUUGGUAGAAUGCGAAGUAUCUUUCUGCAAUAUGACAUAUUUGAAAGUAGAAAGUUGCCUUAGCUUAUCAUAUUUGUUUACUUCCUCAACAGCCAAGAGUUUGAGUCAACUCAAAAAAAUGAAGAUAAAACGGUGUGAAUUCAUUGAAGAGAUAGUGUCUAAGGAGGAAGGGGAGGAAUCAGAUGCGAAUGGAAUAAUAUUUCCGAAGCUCAGUCGUUUGAAUCUUGAUUGUUUAAGGAAUCUCAGAAAGUUCUACAGAGGGAAUUUAAAUUUUCCAUCCUUGGAAGAAUUGUCAAUAACAAAUUGCUACAACAUGAUAACUUUAUGUACAGGUACGCUAAAAACAGACAUGUUGUCUGAAGUUAUACUUGAUGGCUCAGGAGUUCUUCCACUGGAAACUAAUCUCAAUUCUACUAUGCAGAAGGAAUUUCUGAAACAGAUGUCAAAAGUAGAUGUAGAUUUUGUGUAUGAUGGGUCAAGACUACAAGAGAUAUGGGAUGGCUCAUUACAGAUCCCUCCCGACUUCUGUUUCAGUAAGUUGGUCAAAUUGACUGUGGGCCACUGUGGGUUCUUAUCAGAUGCAGUUCUGCCCUUCCAUUUACUUCCUUUAUUACCCAAAUUGGAAACAUUGAAAGUUCGAAACUGUGAUUAUGUGAAAACCAUAUUUGAUGUCUCGUUGGAUAUUUUCGACUUCUAUUUCAGUAAGUUGGCCACACUGAUUGUGGAAGCCUGCCCGUCUUUAUCAGACGCAGUUCUGCCCUUCUAUUUACUUCCUUUGUUACCCAAAUUGGAAACAUUGGAAGUUCGAAACUGUGAUUCUGUCAAAUCCAUAUUUGAUGUCAAAUGUACAACAAAACACACAUUAAUCACUUUUCCUCUGAAGAAAUUGGUUUUAUGCAAACUGCCAAAUCUGGAAACUAUUUGGAAUGAAGAUCCUCAUGGGAUUCUAUGCAUGCAACUUCUACAAAAAGUACAUGUUCAGGUUUGUAAAAGCCUUCCAAGCGUAUUUCCAGCAUAUGUAGCCAAAGAUCUUGUGAAACUUGAAGAUCUAGUGGUUGAAGAGUGUGAGAGAUUGAUGGUAAUUGUUGCAGAGGAUAAUAUCACAGAUCCAAGAGGAACAAAUGUGGAGAUUACGUUUCCCUGUCCCUGUGUGAGAUCAUUGAAAUUACGGGAUUUGCCAAAGUUCAAGUAUUUUUAUUACAGUCCCCUGAAGUCUGACAUUUAUAAAAAUAUGGAAUCAUAUCCCGAGGAUCAACUCGAUACUGAAAAGCGUCUGUCACUGGGUGAAAAUGGAGUGAAGAUGAUUUUGCGAGGAGAAUUUUCGAGAAACCUCUUACACAACUUAAAAGUUCUUGCUCUCUGUUUUCAUUUGGAUGCAUUUCGAUAUGAAAUUCUGGAACAGGUUCCCAAUGUAGAGAAGCUUCUGGUGUGUGAUGGUUUCUUCAAGGAGAUCUUCUGUUGUGAAAGCCUUAAUAAUGUGGAUUAUUACAGUAGAUUUCUCUUACACCUGAAAGUAUUACAUUUGGAGUCUCUUCAAGAUUUCAUUUCCAUUGGGUUAAACUUGGCAGCGUGGAGAUUGCUUCUCUCCAAUCUGACAUGUUUAAAAGUAAAAGACGAAUUAGAUGAGGAUGAGAUAAUAUUUCCACAGCUCAGAUGUUUGAAUCUUGAAUGGUUAUUGGAGCUCAAAAGGUUCUACAGAGGGAGUUUAAGUUUCCCAUCCUUGAAGGAAUUCUCAGUAACAAACUCCGACAAGAUGAUAACUUUAUGUUCAGGUACUCUAAAGACGGCGAAAUUGUCUCAUGUUAAAUUGGAAAAAUUCCAAGAAGCUAUUCCACUGAAAUUUGAUCUCAACUAUACUAUGCGGAAGCAAUUUUUGAUUGAGUGGACAUCUCCUUAUUGUACAUGGAAUCGGAGUCUUGAGUUGAGAGAUAGGGUAGACCUACAAGAGAUUUGGCGUGUCUCACUCCACAUCCCAAACUUUUGCUUCAGAUGGUUGGAAACCUUGAUUGUGGACGGGUGCAAAUUUUUAUCAGAUGUAAUCCCCUUCGCUUUGCUUCCUUUAUUACCCAACUUGGAAACAUUGGAAGUUCGAAACUGUGAUUCUGUCAAAACCAUAUUUGAUAUCAAAUGCAGAACACAAGAGAGAUUAAUUACUUUUCCUCUAAAGAAAUUGGUUUUGUCGGAGCUGCCAAAUCUGGAAACGGUUUGGAAGGAAGAUCCUCAUGGAGUUCUGUCCAUGCAAUUUCUACAACAAGUAUUUGUUGACAAUUGUAAAUGCCUUACAAGUGUAUUUCCCGCAUCACUACUCAAACAUCUCGAGAAACUUGAAAAUCUGGUUGUGAAAGACUGUGAGGGAUUGAUCACAAUUGUUGCAAAAGAAUCUGAUGAUCAAGACAAAAAAAUAAUAUUUGAGCGGCUCCAAGUUUUGGAUCUUAAAAGAUUAGAAAAGUUGAGGUGUUUUUACCCUGGCAAUUUUACUUUAUGUUUUCCAUACUUGAAGGAAGUCUAUGUCAUCAAGUGCAGCUCCAUGAAAACUUUCAUUACAUUCAACAAAAUAGAUCAUUCCAUAAAGUGGUAUUAUGAAGAAUAUGAUUCUCAUUUAAAGUGGUUUUAUGGAGAAUAUGCUUCACACCCAGAGGAAACUGAUCUUAAUUCUGCCGUGCGCAGAACUUACGAAGAAGAGGCUCCAGAUGCCUCCAGUGCUAUCAUUUCAGUUCUUCAAUAGUUCACAC